AUGGGCGCCCGCGUCCUUUUGCACUCGGUGCUCGUUUGCCUGGCUGGACUCACGCUCACCAACGCAGCCGCGGUGGUGAGGAGUGACGCCAAAACUGCCAACCCGGCGGUGGUAGACCUUGGGUAUGCCGCUUAUCAGGGUCUCGAAAACUCGACCACCGGUUUGACGGUAUGGAGAGGGAUACGGUAUGCAGCACCUCCAACAGGAAAGUUGAGGUGGCAGGCGCCCAAGCCUCCGGUGGCGAACCGGACAAGUGUUAUAGUGGCCGAUACGUUUGGGCCGCAAUGUCCGCAGCAGUUUCCGGCAUCAGACUCCGCCCCGCCCUUUCUGCAGGGCGAUGAGGACUGUCUCUUCCUGGACCUUUACGCGCCGACCGGGAAGAGAAGCCAUGCUCCCACCGAGAAGAGCGAGGAUGGCGAUGACCAGGACUCGGAUUCACGGACGGGUGGCCUCCCCGUCCUUGUGUAUAUCCACGGAGGCGGAUAUGGGCUCGACAACUCGAGGUUGGACAUGACCGGGUUUCUCAACGCCAAUGACAACAGGUUCAUCGUCGUCUCGAUACAGUACCGGCUGGGAGCGUUUGGCUUCCUUGCAUCACCCGAGAUCAAGGAAAAGGGAACUCUGAACGCAGGUCUGUUGGAUCAGGAGUUCGCCCUGCAAUGGGUUCAACGCCAUGUUUCAAAGUUCGGAGGCAACCCGAGAAAGGUGACUCUGUAUGGCGAGUCGGCUGGCGGGGGCUCGGUAAUGAUUCUCUCCGUCGCCAGGGACGGCAAGACGGGCACUUCGCUCUUUAGAAGUGGCAUCGCUGCGUCGCCGUACCUGCCCACGCAGCCCUACUACCACGACAACAUACCCAAAGACCGUUACCGCGACUUCGCAGUAGCCGCGGGCUGCCCCGACUCGGGCCCGGUAUUCGACUGCCUCGUCUCGGCCGACAGCCAGGCGUUGAUUUUUGCCAACGCCAACGCCACGGGUCCCCGCAGCAGCGUCCCGUAUGGAAACUGGGCCUUUAUCCCCGUAACGGAUGGGACUUACCUCACAGAGCCCGCUAGCGUUCUCCUAUCUCGAGGCGCGGUCAACGGGAAAAAGAUUCUGACAGCGAACAACGCCAACGAGGCGGCGCUGUUCACGCCUACGACGAUCACGACCGAAGAGAUCCUGAGGGCGUGGAUCAAGAGCAACUACGUCAACCUGUCCGAGCAAAACGUCACGGCCAUCCUCGACGCCUAUCCCAGCGUCCCGGGCCCCGACGACCCCAGCAGCCCGCGGUUCGAAACCAGCGGCCUCGGCCCGGCCACCGCCGUUAACGUCAGCCAGGUCGCCGCGGGCCACCAGCAGAGGGCCUACAACAUCUACGCCGAGUCCACCUUUGUCUGCUCGGCCUACUGGCUGGCCGACGCCUUCAGUAGCGCUAGGGGCCGCGAGACGUUUUACUACCAGUACUCCAUCCCCUUUGCCCGCCAUGGCGUCGACCUCGUGGCCGCGUACCUCACUCCCGAGCCGUCGCAUGGUCCCGACUUUAUCCGGGCUUUUCGACGAAUGUACGGCAACUUCAUCGUUAGCGGCAACCCUUCCAUCGACAACAGGCUAGCCAACGGCGCCUCGGCCCCGGACCCGAACAAGCCGAAUCCGGCAAGCCGCUGGCCGAGGUGGACAGAGGACAACCGCGCCCUUGUCAACCUGAACCAGACCGGCGGGACCCCGUACAGGGUCGUGGCCUCGGCUGGGAUUGAGGUCACCGAGUUCUCCCAGCCGGGCCUGAGCAACGACUUUUGGCAGGCCGACGCCUACGCGUGGGAGGGCGGGCGAGGGCGGAGGUGCGAUUUCUGGAAGACUGCCAUCAACAGGUUUGUUCCUCAGUGACGGUUUCAGGGAUGGUAUCAGGGGCCUGGCAGCUUUUUGGGUCAAGUCACGGCAGCAUUUACACAUGCAACCUGAUGAAAAGCAAGAGUAGCAAUGUCAACCGGUGCGUUCAGGCGCAUUUUUUGAGCUGGAUAAUCAAACAAUGGAUGCCGAGAACGCGCCGCGAAGGUGCCGGUCCAAUCACUACACCUAGCAGGCCUGGGAAAAGCAAGACGAGCCGGAUAGCUCUCCUUCACGACCGCCCUCGGUCAAGAUCGGCGUGCUCGGACCUGGGCACGGCGCAUCGCCUCAUGAUGGAGACGACGGUCGGGAGGUCCAGCCUCGUGUCGACCACGACGUCGACAGAGCCCUCGGUGCAGGUGAGCAGGUGCAGGCGGCAGCUGCCGCGGGUGUCGCCCAG